AUCAGCAGCAGCAGGAGCAACCAGAAGAGACCAAACAUGAGUGAUACAACUCAUCUUCUUGAGGAAAUGGAGGUGACUGGAGCAGCUGCAGCUGGAUCAGAAACACAAGAACCAGUGGAUCCAGUUCUCAGGAUGGUUCUUCUGGGAAAAACUGGAGCUGGAAAGAGUGCAACAGGAAACACGAUCUUAGGAAAAAAAGUAUUUAAAUCUUUGUCCUCAUCUUCAUCACUGACACUGAAAAAUGAGAAAAAAUCAGGAGAAUUCGAAGGCCAAACUCUGGAAGUGGUAGAUACUCCAGGUUUCUUUAACACAAAAGGUGAGCCACUAAAGGUGAUGGCUGAGAUCACUAAAUGCAUCUCGCUGUCUGAUCCGGGUCCUCAUGUGUUCCUGGUGGUGAUCCAGCCAACCAGAUUUACACGAGAAGAUGAAGAAACAGUCAAGAUCAUCCGGAAUCAUUUUGGAGAAAAAUCAGUCUGUUACAACAUGGUGCUGUUCACUCAUGGAGAUGAUCUGGAGGAUGAAGAUGUCUCCAUUGACAACAUUAUUGAAAACAACGAGACUCUCCAUGACAUCAUCAGUCAGUGUGGAGGAGGAUAUCACGUCUUCAACAACAGAAACAAGGAUCCAUCUCAGGUCAGAGAGCUGCUGGAUAAGAUCAACAGGAUGGUUCACAAAAAUGGAGGAAUCUGCUACACCAAAGAGAUGCUGGAAGAAGCUCAGAGAAUUAAAAGAGAGGAACUCCGGAUUGUCCUGGUGGGAAAAACUGGAGCUGGGAAAAGUGCAGCUGGAAAUACCAUAUUAGGAGGGAAAAUAUUUACAUCUUGUAUUAGCUCCUCAUCAGUUACAGAAGAGUGUCAAAAAGAAACACGAGUGCUCAAUGGUCAAAUGCUGAGUGUGGUCGAUACUCCAGGUCUGUUUGAUACUUUUCAGAAUCAACUACAGGUGAAAGAAGAAAUCCUCAAAUGCAUCUCAUUUGCUGCUCCUGGUCCUCAUGUGUUCCUGGUGGUGAUCCAGCCAAACAGAUUCACAGAAGAAGAACAAAAUGCGGUGAAAAUCAUUCAGGAAAUUUUGGGAGAAGGAUCAGAGUGUUACAGCAUGGUGCUGUUCACUCAUGGAGACGAUCUGGAGGAGGAAAACCGCUCCAUUGACAACCUUAUUGAAAACAACGAGACUCUCCAUGACAUUGUCACUAAGUGUGGAGGAGGAUAUCACGUCUUCAACAACAAAAAAAAAGAUCCAUCUCAGGCACAAGAGCUGCUGGAUAAAAUCAAGAGGAUGGUUCAAAACAAUAAAGGAAUCUGCUACACCAAAGAGAUGCUGGAAGAAGGCCAGAGAAUUAAAAGAGAGGAACUCCGGAUCGUCCUGGUGGGAAAAACUGGAGCUGGGAAAAGUGCAGUAGGAAAUACCAUAUUAGGAGAGAAAAUAUUUACAUCUGGUAUUAACUCCUCAUCAGUUACAACAGAGUGUCAAAAAGAAACACAAGUGCUAAGCAAUCAAAUGCUGAGUGUGGUCGAUACUCCAGGUCUGUUUGAUACUUUUCAAAGUCAACAGAAGGUGAAAGUAGAAAUCGCUAAAUGCGUCUCACUUGCUGCUCCUGGUCCUCAUGUUUUCCUGGUGGUGACCCAGCCAAACAGAUUCACAGAAGAAGAACAAAACACGGUGAAAAUCAUCCAGGAGAUUUUUGGAGAAGAAUCAGAGCAGUACAGCAUGGUGCUGUUCACUCAUGGAGACGACCUGGAGGAGGACAAGGUCUCCAUCAAAAAAAUAAUCAAUGACAACAAGGCCCUGAAGAAUUUCAUUGAUCAAUGCGGUAAAAGAUACCAUGUGUUCAACAAUAAAGCUAAAGAUCCAGCUCAGGUCACAGAGCUUAUCAAAAAGAUUAAUAAAAUGGUUAAGAAAAAUGGAGGAAAGGGAAAAUAUUACACCAACCAGAUGCUGGAAGAAGCAGAGGAAGCCAUAAAGGAAGAAAUGGAAAAACUGCAGAAGGAAAAUCCAAACAUGAGUUUUGAUGAAGCAAGAAGAAAGGCUGAGAAAGACAACAGCUUCAUCCGUGGAGUUUUGGCCUCUGCUGGAAUUGUUGUUGGAACAACAGUUGCUGGGAUUAUCACUGAAGUUGCUGUUGGAGCUGCUGUUGGAGCUGCAUUAGGUCCUAUAGGAAUUGCUGUAGGGGCUGGAGUGGGCUUGGUGACUGCAGUUACAGGUGCUGUAGUGAAGAAGAAAUUCUGUAAAAUUCAGUGAAUAAUUACGCUAUUGAGUCACCUGAAGGUUAGUUCAGGAAUAAAUCACAAAAUUAAAGUAUCUCUAUCAUUUAAUCAUGAUUGUUCAUAGACUUUCCAAGGAAUCUCCAUUUUCAAGGUGAUGCAUGUUUAAUUUAGGAUGUCUAUAUAAUCAACACUGCUUACUGUAUAUGUGAUUUCUAGAGCAUGUGGAUAGAAAACUGGUGAGAUAUAUACUGUAUAUAUAAAACUGUUUUUGUAUAAGAAUAAAGAAAAUUGAAGAUACAGUGAUUUAAUUUACCACAUAAGAAAUGAAACCUUAGACCUAUAACUGAAAUCUGUUUUGUUGUGUUAGAAGAGUAAAAAAUAAAAUAAAAAAGAGAGAGAAAUAUUAAUGUAAUCAAUUACUUUGAAGGGGAAGUAUGUAACUUUGAUAAAUAUGUCUGAUUUAAAUGGCAUUUGCAUAGAAUUAAUUGUUUUCUGUUUGAGUUCUGAAAUAAGAUCAAAUAAAGUCAGAAAAAAA